ACAUGCUGUUCUUGGGAACCAAGUCACUGCUUCUUGUCAUGGCGCUCAUUAUCCCCUCUGGCUGGCUUCCCCUAGGGGUCAGUGGUCAACGAGGAGAUGAUGUGACUGAGUCGUUCACAGAAGACCCUAAUCUGGUGAAUGACCCUUCUACAGAUGAAACAGUUCUGGCUGAUAUCACACCUUCCACAGAUGACCUGGCCUCAGCCGCUGACAAAAAUGGUACUGCAGAGUGCUGGGAUGAGAAAUUCGCUUGUACAAGACUGUACUCUGUUCAUCGGCCGGUAAAACAGUGCGUUCACCAGGUCUGCUUUACCAGUUUACGGCGUAUGUACAUCAUCAACAAUGAGAUCUGUUCCCGACUUGUCUGUAAAGAACACGAAGCUAUGAAAGAUGAGCUUUGCCGGCAGAUGGCAGGCCUGCCUCCACGGCGACUCCGUCGCUCCAACUACUUCCGACUUCCUCCCUGUGAAAAUGUGAAUUUGCAGAGCCCCAGUGGUCUGUGAUCAUCAAGGAAGAAGGAAGAAAAUGUGGGGGAGGGGAAUCAGACAUUCCUUCUCCUCCAACCACUGCCAUCUGUCCCAUAGACAUGUAUUUUUAAAACUAAGCCCUUUGCAAUGUCCAGGCUUUGACCCUACUCUCUAAUUCUCACCAGAACUGGUAACUUUUGCCUCAUUUUGCCAUACUGACAAUACAGUGUCUAUAUUGUUA